AUUGCGAGAAAUUUGUGAUACGAGUGCACGUGUUUUAUGAGGUUCACAAUCUAAAUAAGAGAAAUGGCACUUUGCUUGACUAAUGUCCGUAGUACGUGGAGGCGAGCAAUUCCUUUAAGUGCUAUUUAUUCUCAUUCGAAAGCCAUGUGCUUCUCUCCCGCCGAGUUCCAUGCGAUCAGUCCAAAUUUGGAGUUUUCUCCCGACUGCGAUGAAGCGAUGAAGGAAAGGCUAAGAGGAAACAUGAAGGUUCAUGAAGAUUUUAUCAAUGCUGAGGAAGAGAAAAACCUUUUGGAAGAGUUAGAGUUGAAGUUCAAAAGGUCUCGGUAUCAGUAUGACCAUUGGGAUGAUGCUAUCCACGGGUACAGAGAAACAGAGAAACCUACUUGGAAUGAAGUUAAUAACAAUGUGAUAAACCGUUUGAGAAAUUUUGCCUUCUCAACCACAACAAUGCAACAUGUUCAUGUUCUUGAUCUUGCAGAAAAUGGGCACAUAAAACCACAUCUUGACAGCAUAAAGUUUUGUGGCAAUACCAUUUCGGGGAUUUCUCUGCUCUCACCCAGUAUAAUGAGGCUCAUCCAUAUACAACGACCUGAAAUUUUCGUCAAGGCGUUAUUGCCUAGAAGAUCGCUGUACAUUAUGAAGGACAUUGCAAGAUACGAUUUCAAUCACGAGAUUCUAAGUAACAACGAAUCGUUCUUCAGGGGAGAGAAGGUCACGAAAACCAGGCGCAUCUCAGUGAUCUGCCGAAGUCCGCCACCGUCGUCUUAAUGGAUUCUACGCUUCCGGAGGUGUGUUUCCGUGUUGUAAACACGAUUGGUAGAUAUGCUUUAGAAGACAAGUCGUGUACUUGGUGAAUCGUAAUAUCUAUACAACAGUCAUGAGU